AUGAACCCAGAAGGAUUUUCCGGGCCACAGAGACUAAAGACACUCACCGCCGAAGCUCUUGCCAAAUUCAAUGCUGCUCAGAAUCGUGCUGGUGUCGUUUAUCUAUCUCGCAUUCCACCUGGGAUGCAACCUCCUAAAGUACGGCAUUUGAUGAGCGCUUACGGGGAAGUUGGAAGGAUCUACCUACAGCAGGAAGACGCAAAGCGUGCAUAUCUCCGACGAAAGCACACUUCCACCAAAAAACCCCAUUUCACUGAAGGAUGGGUAGAGUUCAAGGACAAACGCGUAGCCCGAUCCGUGGCAGAGAUGCUUAAUGCUCAGCCGAUCGGAGGCAAGAAAGGCUCACGCUGGAGAGAUGAUGUCUGGACAAUGAAAUAUCUUCCCAAGUUUAAAUGGAACAUGCUAACGGAACAAAUUGCACAUGAAGCUGCUGUCCAUGCAGCGAAGCUUCGUGUUGAACUGGCGCAGUCCAAGGCCGAACAGUCGGAUUACCUCAAGAACGUUGAGCUUGCGCGCGUGUUAGACAAGCGUGCGGAAAGACGCAGGCAAGCAGGCAAGGAGCCCGUUGAGCGCCCACGUCCGGAGACCAAAAGGCUACCUGUGGAAGAUGGAGAACGGCCAGUGAAGAAGAGGCAGCGUGUUGAGCACUCGGACGGUAAAGACCUCGAUCAAGUACUUGGCAGUGUUUUUUAA